AUGAAGUUCAACUCGUUUGUUCGCCGAAAUCCCUUUCUUCUAGGUUUAUCGGAAUCAUCGGAUAAAGCACCGAAAGAUUCCGUAUGGGAAAUUAACUCGGACGCUCCACUAGCCGAGUUCGAUAGUCCUUGCAUCAGUCCUGCACAACACCGCAACACUUCACCCGUCCGCCGCUGCUCCAGCGCAGUUCCGCCUUCGAUGUGGCCAAGUGGAAAGGAAGACACUCUACAGAGUUCCUCCAAAGACAGUGCCCAAUUCGCUUGGCUUACCUUCGACCCAGACCCUCCGCAGAUGUCUACCCAGGUUCACCACGAGACUUCUGAUCGGAUCGCCUGGCCUCCUUUCAGCUCACCCACAAAGACCAGUUCUGAACGUACCACACCGACGUUGUCUGAUACACCCAGGUUCACGCUGAACGAAUCGAUUCCGUCUAGUGUUCCCUCCAUCCAAUCACCAGCAACAGGCCACUUGAGCACAAUGCCUUCAUAUUCAGGACCGAAUCAUUCGCCCGUUUGUGUGGCAGCGGCGUUCACCGAGACCUGGAGGGCUCGUUUCCACAACGGCGGAGGUAGUUCAUUCUCUACAACGGCUAUGCUUACCCCUCCACCGAUACAAGCAGUAUCCGGAGAACUAACCCUAGCAUUUCCAUCGGUCGCCCUGGAGAGGCUAACCUCCGAUCACACUGUCUCUCCUCUUAUCCUCAGGCUCAGCAACGCGAUACGUGUGAAGGAUAUUCACUUGAAGCUACCUGGAUCAUCGAUUGAGUAA